UGCUUUGUUUUACUGCUUUUUGUAGAUAUGAUCAAAUAUAGAAAUCCUUCCAGUUUCCCCCCGGGACCCUGGCCUCUACCAUUCCUGGGAAAUAUCUUCACUGAGAUAGAUUUUAGGAACGUGAAUAAGUUGGCUGAAGUCUACGGGACCAUAUUCAGCUUAAGAUUGGGCAGUGAGAAAAUGAUAAUUGUUUCUGGAUAUAAAUUGGUAAAGGAGGCCCUCAUUACUCAGAUUGACAGUUUUGUUGACCGUCCAAAUGUCCCUCUGUUUCACAAAGUUUUUAAGGGAAUUGGUACGAUACUGAGUAAUGGAUACCUGUGGCGGAUGCAUAGGAAGUUUGCUGUCUCCCAUUUGCGGACCUUUGGAGAGGGGAAGAAAAACCUUGAGCUCAGAAUUCAACAAGAAUGUGUCCACCUUUGUAAUGCUUUUAGGGCAGAAAAGG